GUGGAUUAGACACAAACAAAAGAAACUCAGAAGCGAAAGCCAUGAGCUUAACCAAUAGAUUGUCCUGCUCGGACCGGGCUAGGCACAGCCUUGCAAAGCUGCCGUACCGCAAUGGGCCUGCUAGGGGAACGAAUUGGAAUAUAAAAUAGUAAAGAAAAGUGACUUAUAAGUCACGGUGUCUCUCACUUCACCGAUUUUCUGUUACAGUUGUACAGCAUCUCGUCAGGCAAUCAUUCAAGGUUGACCCAAUUCCCAUCUUUUCGAAUAUGCGAUUCAAUCACUUCGUCAUCGCCGUUGCAUUGGCAUCGGCCCGUUGCGUGCAAGGCCGUCCGAGUUCGCCGUCGGAUUCUGUGUUACAGAUCCUCUACUCUAUACCUCAAGGCAACAACACUGAACUCAAGGGCCUUGUGCAGGAAGCACGUCCAAUCAUUGAUUCUAUUGGCAGCCAAAAACCGCCAAACGAUCAGGCACAGCGUAACGAGAAUGCUUGUACAAUUCUCAAAACUGUUCUGAGAGGUCACUACACCGAUUCGACGAAUCAAGUAUCCUACGAUACACUCCUUCAGAAGAACUAUGCAUCCCAAUGCCACCUUCCACCAGCUUGCUUUAUUACACCAAACAGCAAUGCUGCAGUCGCAAUCACCCUCAAGAUCAUUGAUCUUACUCAAGCGAAGUUCUCCGUCCGCUCAGGGGGACACAAUGUAAAUCCGGGCUGGGCAGGCGUCUCACACGGCGUGAUAAUCGACACGCAAGAGUUGAAUACCAUUCAGCUUCGUCCGGACAGAUCCAGCGUACGAGUGGGCACCGGUAACCGCUUUGGUACUGUUCAGGAAUACCUGGAUCCAUACAAUGUGAGUGUGGUCUCUGGUCACACUGUCCAGCCCGGUGUGGGUGGUGUUCUUCUUGGAGGUGGGUUGCCUCUGGUGAGUACCUACACAGGGAUGGGUGCCGACAACAUCAAAAGCGCAGAGGUCAUCACCAGUGACAGUCGAGUUGUUAUCGCCAGUGCGACAGAGAAUCCUGAUCUGUUCCGUGCACUCAAAGGUGGUGUCAACAACUUUGGUAUAGUCACGCAUUUCGAGCUUUAUACUAGCAAAGUUCAUGACAUCUGGUUCCGCGCACUGGUAUAUUCAUCUCUUGAUCCCUUACCGGUCUUUGACGCUCUACAAAAAACCCAGGUGGCGAUGGAGUCUGACGACAAAGCUGGAUUGGUCUUCACGAUUCUCCCUUUCGGAGGGUUCAUGGUAGAUUUUUUCUACGUUGAGCCUACCUAUCAGCCCGAGGUAUUCGCUGCGUUUGAUGCUCUCACGCCAGUCUCUGCUAUUCAUGAUGCUGUCAAUGGCACUGUGUAUUCAAUCAUGCAGAACCUGACCAACCACCUCCCACCAGCAAAUCGCUAUAGCACUUCGUGCACAAUCCGCGUUGAUACAGAUCUCUACACAUCCGUGUACAACCGUUAUCAUGAGAUGACACAGAAGUACUCAACGAAUACUACGGCCUUUCAAAUGGUAAUGCAUCCUUAUGGAUCGGCGACGACUCGCAUCUCGAAGGAACGGGGUGGUAAUGUAAUGGGCGAUAUUAAUGGGGCGCAAACAAUUCUGACGUAUGGUGCUCAAUGGACUGACGACAGGGAUAAUGAGAAGAUCUACGAUAUUGUAGAUGAGAUAACCCAAGCUACUAUCGAUGAGGCGGAGCAGCGCGGGUUGGACGAAAAGUUCAUCUUUGCAAAUGGAGGAUCGUUCACACAGAAUGUCCUGGCUAGCUACGGAGAAGAGAACCUGAAGCACAUCCGCGCUGCAAGUAAGAAGUUUGACAGGAAGCAGAUGUUUCAGAGCUUGCAGAAUGGUGGGUUCCUGGUCAGCCGUGCAUGAUUGUAGUUGUACAUACAUAGACAUCUUCCCUUAUAUGUUAGACCCCCUUUAUUAGUCCAAAUCAAACCAACUCGUCGCUCCAUCUAAAAGCUUCACC